GGAUUCGAGGAAUUCAGCCCCUUUCAUAUAAUUUGCAGUCCGCUUCUAGACAAACAACUGGAAUCAUCAAGUUGGUGACAUGUGAAACCCUAGAGAAAUGAAUAUCUAUCGAGAAGCGCUCGAAUUGAUUUUUCUUCGUAAUUAAAUUAUUAGAAAUGGCUGAAAAGUUGUACGAGUAUCAGGGGUGCAUUGGGAGAUUUCACGUUUUCCGGGAUGAUGUACGAGAAAAGUACAUAUCUUGGAGAGAAAGUAAUUCGGGUGGAGUGGUGGGGUGGGUGAAGGAGAAACUUUUUUCGAAAAAGUCUAGUGAUGGAAAUGAAAGUACACGAGAGGAUUUCUCCCAUAUUUACAGGAGAAAAACUAGAAAGGAAUUAGUGAGAGUAUCAGCAGCUGUAAUGGGUAUUGAAUUCUCAUAUGCUGCUGAAACGGCGUUUGUAUCUCCAACUUUACUUAAAAUUGGCGUCGAACACAAACAUAUGACUCUCGUUUGGGCUUUAUCACCGCUUAUUGGAUUCUUUCUCACUCCAAUAUUAGGAUCGCUAAGUGAUAGAUGUCACUUGAGCUUCGGAAGAAGGCGCCCUUUUAUUUUUAUCAUGUCAGUGGGGGUUCUCAUCGGGCUAAUAUUAGUUCCAAAUGGUGAAAAAUUGGGAUACAUGAUGGGUGAUCCAGUGCCUCCGAAUGCGAAUUACUCCCAAAUAGCUUCCCAUAGGACAAGUGCGGCAGCUAUCGCAGACCACAAAGUGAAAGAUCUUGAUGUUGCUUCUGAUAAAAUCAACAAUUCGAAGUCUAUUUCUAGCUACGAAUCUAUUGAACUUCCCUUGUAUAACAACUCCCAUCCAUGGGGUGUAUUCUUCACUGUGCUAGGAACAGUUUUGCUCGAUUUUGAUGCAGAUUCUUGCCAAAGUCCUGCAAGAGCAUAUCUUCUUGACGUUACUAUUCCAGAGGACCAUGCCCGAGGUUUGAGUACCUUCACUAUAAUGGCAGGUUUGGGAGGAUUUUUUGGAUAUGCCCUUGGAGGUAUAAAUUGGGAUGCAACUUUUAUAGGGGAACUUCUUGGUGGACAUGUCCGAGCAGUAUUCACGUUGAUCACCAUUAUAUUUGUAGUUUGUGUUGCAUACACUAUAACAAGUUUCAAGGAAAUGCCUUUGAAUUUGUUAGAGUUGAAAGAAAAUGAUUUCCAGUGUUUGGAAAAUGAUCAAAACUCAGCAGUGGAUAUAUCUAUCCAGGAAAAUGUACCCAAAACACCGCGAAAAAGCAUCAGUCCGGAUCCUAAUGCCUCAUUAGUUCUGUACCUUAUGAGCAUCGUAUACAUGCCUCACUCUAUAAGAAUGCUGUGUUUGACAAAUUUGUUCUGUUGGAUGGCACACGUUUGCUAUUCUCUUUACUUUACUGACUUUGUUGGAGAAGCGGUUUUUGGAGGCAAUCCAACGGCGAUAGAAGGAAGUACAUUACGAGAUUUAUAUGAAUCUGGAGUGAGGUUUGGAUGCUGGGGAAUGUCCAUGUACUCUUUAUCAUGUGCUUGUUACUCAACGAAAAUCGAAAAACUAAUCAAACUAUUUGGCGCAAAAAAAGUUUACGUCGGUGGAUUAUUAGUAUAUUCAACUGGUAUGUUUUUGAUGGCUAUCACCAAACACAAAAUUGGAGUUAUCGUCUUUAGUUGGACAGCGGGUGUUAUGUAUUCCACACUAUUCACAAUGCCAUACCUGAUUGUAGCCCACUACCACGCCAAAGGAACGUUCGAAACAACGCAAGACGGAGAAGGGAAGAUAUCGACACAGAUUCGAGGUUUGGGUACAGACAUAGCAUUAGUUUCCAGUAUGGUAUUUUUAGCCCAGUUCAUUUUAUCUGUUUGUAUGGGUACUAUAGUUAGUGUCACAGGAACCACUACAGCUGUUGUGAGUGUAGCUAGUACCCUAGCAUUUUUUGGGGCUAUAUCAGCAACGCGUGUGAUGUAUUUGGAUCUUUGAAUCAUCGUUAGUGAAAAAAAUAUUGUUAACAGUUUAUGUGUUUGUGUAAAUUUGAUAUAAACCAAGAAAGAAUUUAUUACAAAAUGUUAUUGAUUUGAAUGUACUCAGCCAGCUCAGUUAUAAAUAUGAAAUUCCGUUCAGUGGAUUUGAA